CAUGUGUCAGGGUCUUCAGUUUGUCCCAGCGAUGCCAAGCACUUUUCAUAAAUUAUUUCACCUAGAGGUCUGUGCAACAGCAUGAGUCUUCACUACACAAUAAAGUGAGGCUGCUGUGGCGUGUGGAUGCUGCAUUGCAGAGACGUGUGGGAAGAGUGCUGCCAAAGUCAUCACACGCAACAUCCUUCAUCCCAGGGGCGCACGCCUUCAAGAGGACAGCUCUAAGCCUUCCGUGGAGGCGUUAGAAAGAAAUAUACACAGUUAUGCGUUCCUCAGUGUCCUCAACAUUCUCCCAGGGCCACCCUGAAAAGGACUUGGAAUGGGAUAGCUUAGGAAAGGCCACCCACACCUUCAUGGAGGCACUCCAAGCUGCUGCUAAGUUCUCGGCAAGUAGUGUCUUAGAGACCCUCAAGUUGCUAGAAGCCAAAAUCAUAAACAACAUGGUGCCAACUAUAGUACACCAGAGAGUGACAGAUAUUAUCGUCAACUACCUAAGGACAAUGGAGCCUCAGGGAGAACUAGAGGAGAUGUGUACCUCGAUCCUGGUAGGUCUGGGGUCCUACUGCCCAGCAAUGAUCAUCACCAAGCUGUGGGAUAAGUUGCAUUCGCACAAACUGCCCCCAAGGAGCCUGCUGGUGGCAGUGGGGAAACUCUUCCAACGCCCAGGCACGGCCACAUAUGUCGGUGCCACAUGGACAUUUGUCCUGCGCCUGCUGAGGACAACCCAGGAGGAGGAGGACAUGUUGGCGCUGUGUCAGGUGCUCAGUGGACUGGCCACCAGUGUCCCGAAGCACCUGGAUAUAGGCUCUACGGGGGAACAAGUAAUGGACAUCACCUCCAACGAAGUGGCCAUCAAGGCCCACCUCACCCUCCGGGUUCUCUUCAACCGUUGGCCCCUGGAAACCAAGAGCAGAGUGGCAGAGAAAGCUCUGGUGAUCACCAGCCACCUGUUCUCCCUCAUCCCACCAUCCAAGCUCAAGAAGCAGGUGAACUGGUUAAUCCGGCGGUUGAAGAUUUUGACAUCAACAGAUCUGAAGCCUUUCUACAUUUCCCAGUGCAUAUGCCAGAUGUUGGAUGCUGUGGCCGCCAGUGGCUCUGGAGGUGUGAACUUGCAGUCACAGCUGGAGAACAUCACCGGCAUGCUAUUCAAGCUGUUGAGAGACAAAGUCAACCAGGCACAGCCCCUCUCAGUACAGAACCACACCUCAGCCCUGAGGGCUUUCUACCUGCUGAGCAAGUUCUACCAGGAUCCUCUGUUCCUCCUCCUUCAAGACAUGAUGAAAGAUGAGGAUCCAGCAGCAGUUGUGUCAGCCCUGGAGGUCUUCAAGGAGAUUUUCCAGGAAGUGGCCCAGAGAGAGGAACUUAAGAGGGAGUUGAUGAAUUCUGUUGUCACGGUGAUACUUGAGGAUCGCAGACCAGUGCGCUUGGCCCUCCUGAACUUCCUUGAAAUGCUGAGCCAUCAUGACUGCUUGAGCCUUCCCCAUGGGAACAUCGUCAUCAAAUACGUCCUCAAACUCAGCGAGUCGGACCCCUCAAAUGAAGAGGACGUCAAACAGAUGUGCUCCAAAAUCCUGCAGAUGGUGCCCUUGCCCAAACUGGUCAGCUUGAUGUGUCAUCCCAACAACACUGCGGCCUUCGUGGUCCUGAGCAAGAGUGCCAGGGAGGUAGCUCUGAGGGCCCGGGCCCUGGGCAAGGCCCCCUACCUCAGCAGCUUCCACCUCAGGCCCUCUGAGUUCAUCUCCCCACAGAAACUCCUGACCCACCUUGUGCUUUGUGCCCUGAAGCCCUACAGAGAAAAGGCAUUUGGAAUCAGCGCCCUGAGGCUCCUCUAUGCCCUGCACCCCAUCACCUCCCUGCACCCCGUCAUCAACGCGAGCGUGGGCCAGCUGUGGAGCAAGGAGAUCCCCGUGCUGGUGCAGCUGCUGCGUGAUCACACAGAGAGGAGCCUGGAUCAGGACAAGUGGGAGAACAGGCUGCUCCAUUUUUCCAGUCAGUCACUGGUGGCCAUCAAUGAUGACAGGUGGCUGGAGCCACUCACCGUGGCCAUCCUGGAGAAGAUAAAGAAUAGCGGUGACAAUGAGGAGCAGAAGGCUUUCCUAUACAAAUUCUUUGGCUUCACCCUGCGGACCUCCAGGAAUUCGAAACUGCUGCAGACGAUGCUCUCGGCCCUCCUACACACCUCGCACGAGGAGCUGCGGGAGAGGGAGGGCAUCGCCGUGACACUCAGUAUCGUGUCCCAGAAGCACCUGACGACAGUUCUGGACCAACUGCAAGCCUACAGCACUAAACUCACCGAUAAGGACACAUUGUCCAUCCUCAAACUGAUGAAGGAACAUCAGCAAAGGGAGUGGGGGCUGGUCUGUAGCACCAUCUACUUAAGCUACAGCAGGAUGAUUUCCAAGAGGCAGGAGGCCCUCUUCAGUCACCUGGAUGCCAUCCUGGCCUUGGUCCUGCACCACUACCACAACUGUGUUGUGGAAAAGGAUACGACUCUGAGGCUGAGCUACCUGGACGCCCUGGCCCAGAUGACAAGCACCUUGAGCAGCCAGAUCAUCCACCCGUCAUACAAGUUUCCCCACAAACUAGACCUUGUAGCCUGCAUGGCGGAGCUAAUCAGGGAGGAGCCACUGGACUGCAUCUCCAGCCCCAUUAGGCAGAAGGCCAUGAAUAUCGUCACCGACUUGAGGAAGCUCGAGCCGCUCCUGGACAUAGACAGCAAAACAGAAUUCCUUCUCACGUGCUACAAGGCCGUGCUCUGCCUGCCCCCCACGGAGGGCCUGCUGGAGGAGGCGUCCUACCCCACCCAGGGCCAGGCCAGCGCGGAGCUGCUCAGGAUGACCCUGCAAUCCCUCCGGAGUCUCCUGGAAGCGCUGCUCACCGGGAGGCCCAGUCAGGUCCAGACAAGCCUGGAGCUUCUGGAGACGUGGCUGAAUUCCCAGAAGGACCAUGAGCGGGAACGGGCCAUGUGGUGUGCUGCCCGUAUUCUCGGCUUUACUGUAAAAAUGAGUAAUUUCAAAACGGAAAUUCAGUUCACCCGGCUGGGGCAGCUGGUGAGGAUGCUGGCCGUGCGCUGCCAGGACCCAGUGGACAACAUCUGCUUCUUGUCUGCCGAGGCCGUCUACAACCUCUACUCUGUCCUCCUGCUGCAAAAGCAGAUGAAAAGAAAAAACCAAGGCUUGUGGGAAGAAGAGGGCAAGAAUGAAGUCUACAGUGCCAACAUCUUUUAUAACAACACCUUUAAGAUCGGAGAGGCAUUCGCGGAGUAUUUCACCCAGAGCCAGCUCACCAACAUGGUGCUGAAGGCCACGGAGGGCCUGACCGACAGCAAGGCCAAGUUGUCUCUGGCUACUGCCCAGCUGAUGAGCGCGGUCAUGAAAGAGCGGGGUGGGGACGUGCUAGAGGUUGAGGAGAUUGCAGAGGGCAUCCUCAAACGUCUCUACGCAAAGCUGGAGCCCAGCACAAAUGAGGAGACCCUGCAGGUCAUGUGUGCACUGGCAGGCAGCAACACUGGAACUGUCAUCCCCAUGCUGCUCAACAGGCCCCUGCCCUGGGACAGAAUCCCUCUGGCCCUGUGGAGGGCACUUGGCACCCAGCAAGACACCACAAUCAAUGUCCUGCUGCGGCUCAUCAGCAUCCUGGAAACGAACCACUCCAGAGAGGAAAGUAGGGAGAUGGACACCAAGCCUGUGGCGGUGACAUGUGCCUUGUGUGAGAUGCUGUCAGUACCCCUGUGCGAGGAGGCUGUCCAGGAACUCUUCCCACGGCUGUUGCUGGCUGUGCUGUGUCAUCUCUACUGGGUGACUCAGCAAAAUGCCCCCCAGAAGAUGGUGGUAUACAACCGGGAGGGGGCCCCAGGCACCAGGCGCAAGCCCUUGGACCCCACCAGUUGUGCCCUGAAGGUAGUGAAGUUGGUGCUCCUGGCGGCUGCCCAUGAGGGAGUCGUGGUCUAUGCAAAUGACUAUCGCUGCUGGGAGCUUCUGUCCAGCCCCAAGUCUUACUAUAUCGGGAUCAUGGACCUCACAAGUGCAAUGGUAAAGACAUGUGAACCCUCCGUUCUGCACCGAUUCCUGAACCCUGUCAAGAACUUCCUCAACAGCAGUGACCAGGGUAGGAGGAUCCUGGCCAGGGCCUUCUAUGCACAGCUCCUCUGGCACCGAUCCGUGGCACAGACCCAAGGGCAAGGCUUUCUGGUCACCUUAACCCAGUGGAUCAAGGAUCCUAACCUCGUCAUGGAGGAAAUUGGCCUCCGGGGAAUCAGUAACCUGGCGCUGCACCCAGGAAAUUCAGAGGCUCUCAAGAGCCUGGUUCCAUCCCUGCGAGGCUUCCUGAAUGCCGAGGUGCGGGUGGCAGUGCAGGCGGUGAAGAGCCUGAGGAACAUCAUCCACCACGGGCACGGCGAGGACAUCAAGGGCAUCUUCUGUAGCAUCUGCCCGCACCUGCGUCCCCUCAUCAAUGACGAGAGGGAGCAGGUGAGGAUCGCAGCCAUCUCUGCCAUGGGCCACAUGCUGGGCGGGGUCAUCAAAUACAAGCCAGGAGCCCCCAUGAAGAAGGAGCUGUAUAAAUUUUUGCUCCCCCUCCUGUUAAGCAUACAGGACAACAACGCCGAGGUGGUCAAGGCCUGUAGAGGGGCCCUCACUGAAUGGGUGGAGGUCAUCGGCUGGUCAUCCCUGACCCACACGUUCAAGCACACCACCCUCAGCGACCACCUCCAGGUGAUAGAAGAGACCUGCAAGUACCUGGUGCACACAGGCAAAUACCAGCUCAUGGGGGAGUUGCUGUCCCAGAGCUUCGGCUUCCUGAAGAGCCCGCAGACCUUCCUGAGGGCGGCUGCGGUCACUUUCAUAGGAUUCACAGUUAAGAAGAAUAAUAUGAAACACGUAUACGAGGAGGAUGUGCAGGUAGUAUGGAACGGUGAGUGUGGGCUGGUACCUGGGUUCUGUGUUACACAGGUGGGUGGGCUGGGGUAG